AUGGCCUUCGCGCUGGUGCGCAGCGACCAGACGGUGGUCACGUGGGGACACCCGAUGGUGGGAGGCUCCAUCUCUGACGAUGUGAAGCAGCUGAGCAACGUGCAGGAGGUCUUUUCGUCUGACAGCUCCUUCGCAGCGCUAAAGGCUGAUGGCACUGUGGUGGCCUGGGGCAUGCCGUACAGCGGGGGCGACUGCCGUAAGGUGGAGCGCCAGCUGACUGAAGUGCGCACAGUGGUGGCCUCCAACAGCGCCUUCGCCGCCCUGAGAAAGGAUGGCUCGGUCGUGACCUGGGGCGACGCGGCCAAGGGCGCCGAAAGUCAGGAGGUGGUGACCUGGGGGAAGAUGGAGUAUGGAGGUGACAGCCGCAGCGUCUCAGCCGCCUUGCGGGAAGAACCGCUCAAGCUCAUCGUGGGCACGCGCAACAGCUUUUGUGCGCUACGCCGCAGCGGCACCGUGGUCACCUGGGGCCAUGACCUCACGGCGCUCGACGCGUCAUGCCCCGUCGGCCUCGCCGACGUCGAGACCGUGGUGCCUUCAGACUACGCCUUCGCAGCGGUGCGGGCGGAUGGGACGGUGGUGACGUGGGGCGACCCAGAAGGAGGUGGUGAUAGCAGCCAUGUACAAGAACAGCUGAAAGAUGUGCAGCAAAUCCAUGAGGCGGAAGCCGCUGCGGAGGCGCAGCGCCGGGCGGAGAUCGCCCGCGUGAAGGCUGCGAAGCAGCUCCAACGAAGUCGCCGGAGAUCUCGGUCGCCCAGCCCGAGAGAGAGGAAGGAGAAGGACAAGGACAAGGAGAAGGACAAGGAGAAGGAGAAGGAGAAGAGGGAAAGCUCCCAGGAGCGGAAGAGUCGGGAGAAGCGGGAGGCCGAGCAAAAAGCCUUAAAGGCGCAGAAGGAUGCGGAGGAGCGGCGGCGGCGGGAGGCCGAGGAAGAGGAAGCCCGCCGGCGGUGGCAAGAGCAGGAGGCCAAGUGGGCCGAGGAGCGCCGCGCGCGGGAGGAGCAGAAGCGACAAGAAGAGGAGCGGAAGGCCGCUCGCCAGCAGAAGCUGAAAGGAGCUUUUGCCAUGGCAGACGAUGAAGAUGACGAUGAGGAGCAUCGGAAGAAAGAGCUGAAGGAGAAAGCCAGAUCUAGGCACGGGGUGCAGAUCAAGCUUGCGACCACGUCGGUGAGCAUUGCAGCAGCGCCGGCUGCCAGCCGCAGCAGUAAGGUGCCCGAGGGCCAGGAUCCCAUCAGCCUGCGUGCUGCUUUGGCCGACCCUUCCGGCCCCCGGGUGCACUCGCCCGGGGAGGUCGCCGAGCACUUCCGGCGCUUGUCGGAGAUGAAGCGGAGGUUCCGGCGGUCCGAGUUCGGCGGGCCCCGCAAGCGGACGCCGUCGAGGUUUGGAUCCGCGAGGAAGGACGAAGCCGCAGCCGUGGCGGAGGGCGUGGCCUUUGACCUUUGGGCCUCCCUCCGUGUCCGCAACACCUUCCUUGACGUGCAGGUGGAUGACAAGGAGGAGGGCUCCGCGCGGAGGAGCAAUUCGCUGCCCAGCAACUACAGCAAGGACAGCGAUGCCAGCAGUAGCAGGAGUCGCGGGAGCGCGGGGCGGCACGAGGCCGAUGGAGGCACGGGACCUGCAGCCGAGCGAGGAUCUGCACCGCGAAGCUCGCGGACCCGGACGACUGGCGACGAAGCUCUCGCAGCGCUCGCUGGUUCUUCCUCGGCGCCUGGCGCCACCCCGGAGCAAGCCUGGUUGGAUGUCCGUCCGCAGAAGCCGGAGUCGGAUGCGGCCAACGCGGCGUGCGACGAAGAAACGGAGGAGCAGUUUAUGGAACGUGUGGGGCUCUCCGGGGAGCAAAUGCUCGCCGACGCGCUCCAACGGCCUGACCAUUGGUCUUUGAGGGAACAGCCGACGAGCCAAGCUCGAAGCCAUGCGGCUGGAAGCUGUGUUCCCUGCUACUUCCACUUCCAAUCUGAAUGCCUCUUCGGCGAGAAGUGCGGCUGCUGCCACGACGAAAGCCAUCGGAACUAUGACAGCAUGCGGCGCUUCUUUCGUUCCUCGAAGAUCCAGUUGUGA